GUAGAGAGCAGGACCUGGUUGUGUUUCCCCGUUAUGCUCUUCGCGACGCCUAACUAGCUACAGCGAGAGACCUCCCUCGCUGGCGAGAAUCUGCUUCCGUGACGGACGGAAACCGCGCUGCCAAGAUGAUGACGGAGAUGACGCGCUAUAAGCAGCAGACUGACGUGGAUGACGACACCAGCUCCGUCGGAUCCGCCCGCACGGAGGACCUCCCAACGGGGACCCUGACCGUGCGAUACCACAUGGGGUCUCACUGGUGGAAGUCGCGCACGGCAUUAGAAAAGGCCCUGCUGGUUGGAUGGCUGCUGCUGCUGUUGGUGGUCACUGUGCUGGUGGCUGUCCUCCACACGCAGUCCAAGUCCCUCUCGUCCUUCAACCUCCCCCCACAUACCAUCAUCCAAGGUUCUCCGGACGAUGCGCUGUGCCUGAGCCCGCACUGCGUGAUGCUGGCGGGCUCGGUGCUGAGCAACAUGGACCCCGAGACCGACCCGUGCGAGGACUUCUACCAGUACGCGUGCGGCGGCUGGGUGGCCAAGAACUCCAUCCCCGAGGGCAAGCCGGUGUGGGGCACGCUCAGCAAGCUCGGCUCCGACAACCAGAUGAUUCUAAGAAAUGUCUUAGAGUCGAAAGAGCCAGUGAACAGUAAACCAGAGGAGAAGGCUCGCGUGUUCUACCAGUCCUGCAUGGACGUGAAUAAAACCAUUGAAAAACUUGGAGCUGGGCCGCUGCUGAAGAUAAUUGAGAACUUUGGUGGAUGGUCCAUCAACGGGAAUUGGUCUGCAGAAAACUAUGACUUCUUUGAAGACCUUGUCGUGAGCAAAAUUGAAUAUGGCUCAGGAGCCUUGUUUUCCUGGGGUGUUGCUGAAAAUGAUAAAAAUUCCUCGUCACAUAUAUUACAGUUUGACCAAGGAGGACUCACUCUUGCAGCUCGUAAUUCAUAUCUAAAUGAAUCAGAAAAAGAAGUUUUGGAUGCCUAUGAGCAAUAUAUUGUAAAGGUUGGAAUACUCCUUGGAGGGAAUGAGGAGGCCACCAAGGCUGCUGCCGCUGGGAUCCUACACAUAGAGCAGAAAUUAGCUGCCAUCACGACACCAGAUGAAGAGAGAAGAGAUGAUGAUAAGAUGUAUCACCUUAUGAUGAUAGAAGAUCUCAAUAAAUUAUCAAAAGCUAUUGACUGGGGAAAGUUUAUAAACAAAGCAUUUAGCAAAAUUGAAAAGAAAUUGGACAGUAAAGAACAUAUAGUAGUUUAUGCCAAAGAAUUCCUUUCAAAUCUUACAGUGAUAAUUAAAAAUAUUACUGAGACGGAGCAAGGAAAAACAAACCUCCACAACUACAUGGUGUGGCAAGUAGCAAAGAAUUUUGUAGGCUAUCUCUCCCAGGACUUUCGAGAAGCUGUAAAAGACCUUGAAAAAGCUCAGAUGGGGGUGACAGGAACAGAAGAACUGUGGAGAGAGUGUGUAGUAGCGACAGAUGCUGCGAUUGGACCUGCUCUUGGUGCCAUGUAUGUACGGAAAGCAUUCCAGGGAAGCUCAAAAGCCAUGGCAGAAGACAUGAUUCAAAGAAUUCGGAAAACCUUCAAAGAAAGUCUUCAGUCUCUAAAAUGGAUGGACGAGGAGACAAAAGCAGCAGCCAUAGAGAAAGUCGAUGCCAUAACUGAAAUGAUUGGUUAUCCAGAGUACAUUUUGAACCCAACAGAACUGGAUGAAAAAUAUGAAAAUCUGAAAAUAAAGGAAAAUGAUUUCUUUCAAAAUAAUGUUCGUGUAAAUAACUUCAACAUCCGAGAAAAUUUGAAGCGUCUAUUUAAACCAGUUAACAAGACACGCUGGGAUAUGUCACCACCAACAGUCAAUGCCUAUUACUCUCCAACAAGGAAUGACAUUGUGUUUCCAGCUGGGAUACUACAAGCCCCAAUUUUUGACCACAAUAACUCCAAAUCACUUAACUAUGGUGCAGUUGGAGUUGUCAUGGGCCAUGAACUAGCACAUGCUUUUGAUGACCAAGGAAGGAAGUAUGACAAGAAUGGCAAUUUGGAUAAGUGGUGGCGUGAAGAAACAACAAAAAAGUUUGAGAAUCUGACGCACUGCAUGGUGAACCAGUAUUCUCAGUAUGAACUUCGUGGAGAACACCUUAAUGGAAACCUGACACUAGGUGAAAAUAUAGCAGACAAUGCAGGGCUGAAAGCGAGCUACCAUGCAUACCAGCAGUGGGUGGAGGAGAAUGGCAGUGAGGCCCCAUUGCCUGGUAUUGAUCUCACCCACAAUCAACUGUUUUUCCUAGGGUUUGCUCAGGUUUGGUGCUCUGCCAUCACAAAGGAAGCAGCUCAUCUGGAAAUCAUGAAAGACUCCCACGUCCCGGGGGAGUUUAGGGUCUAUGGCUCUUUAAGCAACUCACCAGAUUUUGCGGAAGUCUUUAAAUGCCACGAGAAUGCUAAAAUGAACCCAAAAAAGAAAUGUUCCAUUUGGUAAAUGAUAUUUUCUAUGUAUGUCUUCGUUUAGGUUUUGCCGUUUGAGAAAAUGCACCCGUGUAAGCAUCCUUACUUGGCUUAUUCACACACACACACACACACACACACACACACACACACACA